AUGCUCCUCCAGCCCAUUUGCCCGCCCACGCCCACGCCCACGCCCACGCCCACGCCCACGCCCACGCCCACGCCCACGCCCACGCCCACGCCCGAUGCCCACGCCUACACCUCAUUUCGCCCGCCGUCGCCUGUAGAGCAGCGCGCGAUUCACACGGGCGCGGCGCACCCUCUCCGUCAGCAGCACCCGCCCGGCCGGCCGACACUGCCCACGGCCCGACUCGAGUCGCUUGCUGGCAGGCAAGACGUCGCACCUAACGCACCCGCUGCAGCGUCCUGUCUGGGCACUCGCUGCUCUGUAUCUGCUGCCCGCGCGGGCAAAGCAUCCGUUUCCAUCGCCUCCGGGAGCUGCUACGCGCACGCAGCAGGGCGCAUGCAACACCAGACGCAUGUACCGUCGGCGCUAUUCGCCACGCUCGAGACAGUGACAUGGCCAGGGGCACCGCUUCUGCCCAAGAGAACGGCUGUAGCCGACCAAAGAUCAAACCCAAGAGUGGAGCCAGUCCAACCCUUCUCUGGCACUCUUGAGACGAAGGUCCUAAGUUUCUUGGCGGCGAUCUUGACCUGGCGGCGUCGCGCAUACGCAAGCAGCGCCCGCCCGCCCUGA